AUGGAAGUUGGUUUAUGUGGAGUAAAGACCAUACUCUCCAAAUUGACCCAUAUCACAUCGUUGGAGAUAAGAGAUAACUACACUCAUCAAAGAUAUGGUGCCAUCAGCUUCACAAUAACUAAAUACUCUCCAACUCAAUUCUUUGAAGUACUCGACCUGUUGCACAACUUGACCGAGCUCAAACUCAAUCUGAGCUACAACAGAGAGGAGGAGGUGGAUGCGGGGUUCACUACUGGUCUGCUAGAGUACCUUAACAAGACCACCAGCCUGACAUCGCUCUCAAUCGUUCCGUGGAAGUUUGCCGAUGAGCAGAGACUCCUCCAGUUUGUUCUGCAGUCCCCUCGUUCAACAGUCACCCGGCUCGAACUUGGCCUUGUCUCCAAUCUAGUGGCAGUCAAGAAUGACAUGGACUAUCUUAAGUUCCAUUGCAUUGCCAGUGAACUCAAGUGGGAGGGUGUAGACGACUCAUCUGAAGAUCUCGAAGCUGUCAAGUUGUCUGUUCUAAAGUCCUACGACAAUAGUAUCUCGUUAGCCGAAAUAGCAAUCAAUGUAUACAACGAUGAUGAAAUUGAUGAAUGUGACAAUAGAUCGAUUCUACUUGCUGCUCCAGCGCUGGCCGAAGCACUUCAACAUAAUACUACUCUGGAACAUUUUAAACUUAGAGUUAAGUACCAGUCUGUGCCUCUAUCUGAGCUCCAAGUUGCUGUUCAUAAUCAUCCAGCGAUCCUCAACAAGAACACUUGGUGGAUAUCUGAUGGUAUCUAUUACUAA